AUGUGUGCCACAUUAUUCUCUCUCCUACCCCGCCACCCCUCAUUCAAUAUAAAUAGUAUCCCCGCCUUCUGGAUAUUCUGUGCUAUAAAUCCCCUCUUUUCUGUCGCUCUCUUCGUUUUGAUUUGCUCCUUUGCCUGCUUGUCAUUUCUUCCUAGGCCUACAUCACUUAUUUACAUUAGUGGAAACAUCAAAUUUGUUUGGUUGAAAAAAAAACUAAAUGCCUCGGAAGUAUGUCCGAAAGACGGAGUGGGCAAAGUCCGCAUCGAUGUGAUGAAACGGGCCGCUGCUGAAUUCAUUGCUGGUGCUCCCCUACGAGAAGUAACACAGAACUUAUCGUCCGUGCCACACUACGUCGCUUCAUUGCACAAAUUAGCCGUUAGAGCACCAGAACCUACGUCUCUUGCUCGGGCGACUGCUUUCAACCGCCACAAUGUAGACCAGUUCUACAAUAAUUUGGCAGCAGUUAUAGACAGAUUCAAGUUAUCUGCAAAUGAUAUUUGGAAUCUCGAUGAAACUAGCUGCACCACUAUGCAAAAUCCUGGAAAAGUUGUCUCAGAGAAAGGAAAAAAGCAAGUUGGAUCUCUGACCAGUGCAGAACGUGGUAAAUUAGUGACACUGGAAUAUUGUGUGAAUGCUGUGAUUCCACCAUUGUUUGUGUUUCCACGGGUGAAUUUUCGGGAACAUUUCUUGAAUGGUGCACCUGCUGGCUCUAUUGGAAUAGCAGCUCGCACUGGCUGGAUGAAUGAAGACCUGUUUGUAGAUUAUAUGCUACAUUUCAUUCAACACACUCGUUGCUCGAAAGAAAGACCAGUGCUGCUAAUUCUGGAUAAUGUGGAAGCACAUAUCACGAUCAAGACAAUUGACCUUGUACAUGAGAAUGGCGUUUUUCUGCUCACACUUCCUCCCCACACAUUCCAGCGAUUACAACCUCUUGAUAGAGCCGUCUACGGUCCAUUUAAGAAGGCCUAUAAUGCGGCAAUGGACGGGUGGAUUCGCUCUCAUCCUGGGAGAACAGUUACCAUCUGCGACAUUCACCCCAUUGUUUCUGAAGCUCAGCUCUGUGCCAUGUCACAACGCAAUAUCAAAGCAGGAUUUGCAGCCACUGGCAUCUAUCCCUACAAUAAGGAUAUAUUCAUGGAUGCUGAUUUUGCUUCAGCUGCAGUUACUGACCGUCAAAAUCCUGAAACAAAUGCAGAUGCUGCAGAUCUGGAUCCAAUUCCUGGUCCAAGUUCAGGUGCUGUGGGUUCAUCGCCGAUCCGAAGACCUAGUUCUUGUGGCAUGGGCCAACAGCCUGUUUCCAGUUCUUGUGAAUACGUCUGGCCAUCAGUAAUCUAUCCUUUCCCAAGAGCUGAACCAAGAAAAACAAAAGGGAGAAGAAAGAAAAGGGCAACCAAAAUACUGACUGACACACCAGUCCCAGAAGAAUUGGAAGCAGAAAAAGCAAACGAUGAUGAAGACUGUGAGUCCAUGGCCAUGAACGAUUCUGAUGACGACGAUGUAUCAGAUGACGAACUAAUAGAAGGUGAUUUCAUGGUAGUUAGCGUCAAUAGCAAGAAAACCAGACGUCAAUACAUCGCCAGAGUCGAUGUAAUUGAUGUUGAUGAACUUGAGGGUGUCUUCUUGAAGAGAAUCCAAGGCCGAAAACCCAUGGACGGCAGACAGGCGUUCAUUACCGACCCCGAUGAUGAAGCAUCAUUUGAUAGAAAAUAUAUUGUAAAAAAAAAAAAAAACUACCCGCGCCAAACAACUUGUUGGGGAGUGAACGCAAAUCCAACCAAUGGUUCUUCCCCUUACUAUCUAUCUAUCUAUCUAUCUCAGUUUAUAUCUAUCUAUCUAAAUAUCUUCAUCUAUCUAUCUAUCUAUCUAUCUAUCUAUCUAUCUAUCUAUCUAUCUAUCUCAGUCAAUUUAUAUCACUCUAUCUAUCUCGGCCUGUUACUAUCUAUCUAUUUAAACUACAUCACGUAG